CCACCUGUAAUGAAUCCUUGUUCUGGUCGCUGUCCAGUACGAAGCCAAGUGAUUCGUGCGAUGACUAUGGCUGGAAGGAGGUUACUUGCCUUUGCUUGUUCCUCUUCAACCCCUUUUUCUCCAUCUCAAUCCAAAUCUAAACUUCCAACGUAUUUUCGCUCCUCCUCGACAUUCCUCCGGUUUUUCUGCUCCUCCAGAUUAGAGGAUGCUUCUUUUGAUGAUAAAUUUCUUAAAUGGCAUAAUGGUGGUGGCAUUUUCCAUGAGUCAGCUUGCAUUGACUCCACAGCACUUGUAGAGGUUGGCGCUGUAGUUCAUUCAGAAUCUGUUGUUGGUCCAAAUGUUCGUAUAGGUUCUGGAACUAUUGUUGGGCCUUCUGUUACCAUUGCUCAUUCAACAAAGAUAGGGUAUAAUGUCGCACUUAGUAAUUGCUGUAUAGGUGAUUCGUGUGUAGUCCAUAAUGGCGUCUGCAUUGGUCAAGAUGGAUUUGGAUUUUAUGUGGAUGAUGACGGUAAUAUGAGAAAAAAGCCUCAGACAUUGAAUGUAAUAAUAGGGAACGAUGUGGAAAUUGGUUCAAAUACAUGCAUUGACAGAGGCAGCUGGCGAGACACAGUUGUUGGAGACAAUUCAAAGAUAGAUAAUUUAGUUCAGAUUGGCCAUAAUGUAGUAAUUGGGAAGAAUUGUUUGCUUUGUGGACAAGUUGGGAUUGCAGGUUCAGCAACCAUAGGAGAUUAUGUGACUAUGGGAGGAAGGGUAGCAGUGCGAGAUCAUGUAUCUAUCAUAUCAAAGGUUCGGCUUGCAGCUGCAAGUUGUGUCACCAAGGACAUCAAAGAACCUGGGGACUAUGGUGGCUUUCCAGCUGUUCCAAUUAACCAAUGGCGCAGGCAAGUUGCCAGUAGAUGUCAGACUCGGGUGAUGAGCCCUUGAAGUCGGCAAAUGAUAUUUUGAUAGGUAGUCAGUGGAGUUUGAAUACUCUCCUCCCGAAGAACUUUUGGUGCUGUGAUUUCGGAUAGAUUUUUGUUCAUUUGGAGAACUGCAAGGUUACUUAAAAUAAAUACUGAAAUCAAUAUGUAGUUUCAUUAACACACCAUUACAUGAAUACAUAUUACUAGAGAUUUAAACAUGUACAAGUACCUAAUACUUUGUUUUCUGUCUCAAGUAUACUACUACAGAUACUAUGAUCUAGAGAAAACCUUACUUCUACUUAACCACAUCAAUCCCAAACCCAUCAGAUACUAAAGUUGUUCUUGUUUCUGCUAAAACCCGCGGUGGAAGCAAGCAUCUUGUAGGAUCAGUGCCAAAUUUUGGACUUUCCUAGUUUGUUGGAAUUGCGGUGAAGUGGGUACUUUUUCUUCUUCCGUGAGAGCUUCCCAUUGGAUUCAAUUGGUAGAAUACCUUUGAGGUGUAACCCGUGGAACUUGCUCUUAAUUCCCCAUGUUCUGUAUCGAUAUUUUGUCAUCAAAGCCACUUUUAACUCUGCGGUUGCGUUUGAGAUAGCAUUCAAGAGAGGCUUGAAUGGUCGAGGUUUUGCAUUAACAGUGUUAGAUACAUCCCGGGUGUUGCUAGUUUGUUGAUGGAAAGCAUCAAUAGUUGUCUGCCCCACCUCAUCCUCUUGCUCCCCAUAUAAGAAACUUAAUAUUGUGUCAUCAUAGUAAAUGCUUGAG